ACUGCACCGAUGCAGAUACCGAGAGAUCCGGUAGAAGUGAUGUUCUAUCUACUGUUAAUUUGAUACAUGAUAAAAUCCAUCAUCAAGACGAUCAAUCUUAUCUAAAAGCUCUUUUGGAAGACUCAAACACAGUCUAUCGCGGGUUACUCAGGUCUAUCAGUAACUGGUAUUGAUCGCCGCUGAUGGCCGACGCAUCUCGGGUAUUGGCGUCUCAACGGCGAGGAUACCGAGGCAGUGUCCGGAUGUUGAUUAGUAGUUCCAAGGUUAUUGUCCCUCGUCAUCUAGAGAGACGGUCAUCUGGUGUACCUUGUCUUUUCUUUAUCUCCCGUUAAAGACUGCGACUCUUCCAGUUGGACUCCACGAUCACGCUCACACUCGUCCUCUUCAUUUCGAGUCAUCCGGUUCUCCUCAUCUCUGUCGACACUACCCCGCAUCUUCUAGCCACAAUGCCCGUCUCCUCACCGUAUCCUUCGAUAGAAAUCCCCAAUAUCGACCUUUGGACCUUUCUCUUUGAGAGGAAGGACAGGCCUUUUCCGGAUGACAAGGUCAUCUACAUAGACGCCGACACAAAGCGACAAUAUACCUACAAAGAUGUAAAAGAGACGGCGCUCGCAUUCGGCAAAGGCCUGAAGGCCGUCCUGGACUGGAAGAAGGGGGAUGUGCUUGCCCUCUUCACACCCAACUGCAUUGAUACACCGGCUGUAAUGUGGGGGACUCAUUGGGCUGGGGGUGUGGUAUCUCCAGCAAAUCCCGCAUACACCGUGGAGGAGCUGGCGUUUCAGUUGAAGAACUCUGGUGCGAAGGCUCUCAUCACUCAGAUGGCGCUGCUACCAGUCGCCACGGCGGCUGCAAAGCAGGCAGGGAUCACGGAAGACCGAAUCAUCCUCAUCGGCGAUGACCGCGACCCACAAGCCAAAUUUAAGCAUUUCAGUUCGAUCAGGAACAUUUCGGGGGCGACUAGGUACCGCAAGACCAAAAUCAAUCCUGCGACGGAUCUGGCAUUCCUGGUCUAUUCGUCGGGGACUACUGGUGUGCCUAAGGGAGUUAUGCUGAGUCACCGAAAUAUUGUCGCCAAUUCUCUCCAACUUGCGGCAGGAGAGGAUAAGCAGUUGAGUUGGAAUGGUGGCACAGAUGGAAAGGGAGAUCGAAUUUUGGCCUUCCUUCCCUUUUACCACAUCUACGGGUUGACCUGCCUGGUCCACCAGACCAUCUACCAAGGGUACGAACUGUAUGUCAUGCCAAAGUUCGACAUCGAGAAGUGGUGUGCCCAUGUGCAGAAUUACCGUAUCACGUUCAGCUACGUGGUGCCCCCGGUCGUACUGUUGCUCGGCAAGCAUCCUAUUGUCGACAAGUACGAUCUGUCCAGUCUCCGUAUGAUGAACUCUGGUGCCGCACCACUCACGCAGGAACUUGUCGAGACUGUUUAUUCACGUAUCAAGACUGGUAUCAAACAGGGAUACGGUCUCAGCGAGACCAGCCCGACUACACACACCCAGCCAUGGGGAGAGUGGCGCACAAGCAUUGGUUCCGUGGGCAAGUUGCUCCCCAACAUGGAAGCCAAGUAUAUGACCAUGCCUGAAGAUGGGUCCGAACCUCGCGAAGUGCCUGUGGGCGAGGUGGGCGAGCUGUACUUGCGCGGACCCAACGUUUUCCUGGGCUACCACAACAACCCGGAGGCGACGGCCACGUGCCUUUCUAAGGACGGAUGGUUCCAGACGGGAGACGUGGGCUACCAAGACAAGGAUAACAACUUCUACAUCACAGAUCGUGUCAAGGAGCUCAUCAAGUACAAGGGCUUCCAGGUCGCUCCGGCGGAGCUGGAAGGAAUUCUGGUGGACAACGAGGCGGUCGAUGACGUCGCUGUCCUUGGUGUGGAGAGCGAAGCACACGGAACUGAAGUGCCACUUGCUUACAUUGUGCGAAGCGCAAAGAGCAAGAGCUCGAACAUCACUGCCGAGGAGGAGGCCACGAGGAUCGUCCAGUGGCUGGAUGCCAAGGUUGCAUACCACAAGCGGUUGCGUGGAGGUGUGAGAUUUGUGGACGAGAUCCCCAAGAGUCCGAGUGGGAAAAUUCUGCGACGGCUUCUCAAGAAGCAGGCCAAGGAGGAUGCCAGCAAGGCCCUAGGGGCCUCUGCUCCCAAGGCCAAGCUGUAAUAGAUCUUGUAUAUAACGAACAUCGAGAAACAUGAGGAUACCUGUCA